AGGGGGAGGUCGGAGGCGUUGAGUGGACGUGCCAUGCCGCCGCCGGGCGUGUUCCAGCCGAUGAUUUGGCCCAGUCGGCCCAUGCACGAGUACAUUUUGCAGCCCCGGACCUCCGGGAAGCGGUGGCUGGUGGUCGGCCUGGGCGACCCCGGAGUGGCCGACACGCGGCACAGCGUGGGCAUGGCGCUGCUCGCGCGCCUGGCGCAGCGCCUGGGGGUGGCCGAGAGCUGGACGCGCGACGCGCGCUGCUCGGCCGACCUGGCCCGGGCCUCGCUGGCCGACGCCGAGGUGGUCCUGCUCCGACCGCGGCGACCCCUGCACGCCAACGGGCGCUGCGUGUCCCGGGCCGCGGCGAUGUUGGGGCUGGCCCCCGAUGAGGUCUACCUGCUGCACGACCAGCUGGACAAGCCCCUGGGGAAACUGGCGCUGAAGCUGGCCGGCAGCCCCAAGGGCCACGAGGGAGUCCGGUCCUGUAUCAGCUGCCUCAACUCCAGCCUCAUGCCACGGUUGCGGGUGGGCAUCGGGGGCGCCCAGCCGCCAGAGGACGUGCAGACCUACCUGAUGAGCCCCUUCUCGCCGGAGGAGCAGGAGCAGCUGCCCCAGCUGCUGGACCGUGCUGCUGACCUGCUCCUGGACCACCUCCAGGAACGCGGCCAGGCGGUUCCGCUAAACCCCUGAGCCCACAGCUGCAAGCAGA